CUCCAGACCAUCCUACAAAACGCUUCCACCUUGUAAGACUUCUCUGAGCUCUGUUUUCUAUGUCCAUACAAAGUUACUUGCAGAACCUUUUAUACCAGCCUAGGCAGCUGCUGUCCGUGUUUCAGCAGCUUGAUCAGCAGCAGUUCCAGACUGCAAUGAAGUACCUCUUCAACAGCAGAAAGGACCGUCUUGAAGUGGGAAAUGUUGUUCUUGAUUGGAAAAACACUAGAGAGAGAAUUUUCCAAAGCCCAGGAGUGAACAGGACCUUGUUUCUUAUAACGCUGGAGAAAUGCUUUCUGGCCCUAAGGGCUAUGGACUGUGUGGAUAUCCUAAGCCAGGUUUUGCAUGUGUCAGCAGUGAACUAUCUCCAACCUGAUGUCAUUGGGAGCCUCCCAAAAGUUCUGCAGGAGGAUGCUUUCAGAAACUUGUCAACAGUAUUCAAGGACCUCUAUGACAAAACCUCAGCAAAUACACAGAAAGCUCUGUAUGGCUGGAUGAGGGAGAUUCUACAAAAAUCAUAUAACAUGAGCGGUAUGUUAUGUACAAAUGAAUCAGCUUCAUGGGUCAGCGCAGAAAAUUUAUGGAUUUUGGGACGAUACAUGGUCCAUCUGCCUUUAGAAGAAAUUCUGAAAAUUAGUCUCAAUGAAAUAAGACUAUUCAUUAGCUACGACAAUGCAACGAAGCAGUUGGACACGGUGUAUGAUAUCACACCAGAGCUUGCACAAGCUUUCCUGGAAAGAAUAAACUCAUCAGGAUUUGAUAUGAGAAACACUUCAACUAUCUACAGGCUAGGUUUGUUGGUUUGCUUUUAUGAUGACAUGGAACAGAUGGAUGCCUCUGUGGCCCGGGCUUUGCUUCAUCAAAUGAUUAAAUGCAAUCAAUUGAGAGGUUUCCAGGCUGAGGUUCAGAAGCUCAAAUCUCAGCUCCUGAAUAUUGCUAUGCAGAACCAGACUUUGAAUGAUAUCCUUGGAUCACUGUCAGACGCUGUGGUUGGACUGACUUCAGGUCAGCUGGAAUCUUUGUCACCUGAGGCAGUUCAUAAUGCUAUUGCAACACUAAACCAAGUCUCUGGAUGGGCAAAAAGCCAAGUUAUGAUUUUAUCCAGUAAAUACCUCUCUUAUGAAAAGGUUUUAUUUUAUAAUGUUAGUCAAAUGGGUGCAUUGGUAACUGGUAUUAGCACCCAGUCAUUCUACAGGAUGAACCCAAAGGAGCUUUCUCAGGUCAUUCGAGGCACAAUGUCCCAAUACUCGCCAGACUUAUCACCUGCACAACAACAAGGGAUCCUCAGGAAGAUAGCUUCAUCUAGAGAUUUUUCUUCACCAGUCACAGAUAUACAAGGGGCUUUCUUUAGAGAAAUAUCUCUUCCUGAUUUAUGGAAAGAGACUGGAUAUAAUUCUUCAGUGAUGAAAGAAAAAGAACUAAGAAGAAGCCAGGCUUUAUAUCUGUAUGAGUUACUGUCUAAGAAAAGCUCUCCUGUUGACCUCCUAAGCACAGGACAGCUUGUGAAAGGAGUGACUUGCCAGUUGAUUGAAAGUAUGGGCACAGACUUUUUUUUAAGCCAUUUUAAAUUCUUUGAAAAGAACCUUCAUCUGCUUUCUCCAUAUCAGGUUAAUUGUUUGGCUUGGAAAUUUUGGAAAGCCUCCAGUGCAUCCAUUCCUCCCUUCCUCUUGUUGGUGCUGCCGGUUGAGUACCUGGAGUAUGUUUCAGGCCCUCUGUGUGUCACUUUCAUUGAAAGCCUUGGGAAGACUGAGGUGGACCUCUUGAAUCCAAGCCUUCACAAAAAAGACGCUGUCCUGCAGAAAGUGCAGGAGUGUUUGAAUGGUUCCAUUGCUGAUGAAUAUGAUGUUGACCUACUCGGAAAUCUAAUCUGCCACUUACCUCCAACCUUUCUACAUGACAGAAUGUCCCUGAAGGCAAUGGCAGCAGCCCUUCAUCAAUUCAAACUCUGCCAACAGCUCAGCCAUGAGCAGAAGACUGAAAUUAAAUACAAACUCCUUGAGUUAUACGGCUCCCCGAAGAACUGGACAGCUGAAACAACAUUAGAUAUUGGACCAUUCAUAGCUGAGUUGUCAAAAAGAGAAUUAAAUGUACUUGCUGAAAAGUUCCAGGAUAUCAUUUUGCAAAUAGCAAAGACAGUAAGGCCAAUUUCUUCAGCCAAAGAGCUUCUAUCAACUGUAUUUGAAUCCGUCUCCAAUGCCACUGCCAAUAUUGAACCACCUCUUGUCAGACCAGAUUGCCUUGGAACCAGAGCCCCUUCUUCAGAUGAAAUUAUUAAAUUAGCAGAAGCAAAUGUCUAUUGGUCAGUUCAGGAACUGAAAUGCAUGGAUGCAAGGACUUUUGACAAAAACGUGGAACGUCUUGGGACUGUCUCUGGUUUUAACAGCUCACAGCUUAUGGUGUUGAAGGAAAAAGCCAAGCAGGUUUGGGGAUCGCUGUCAGUCUGGAAGAGUUACCAUAUUGUUUCUCUGGGGCGCAUUGCUCUGGCACUCACUGAAGAUGAAAUUGAAGAGCUGGAUUUACAUCUGAUCGACACCAUUUCUGUUCUGAGUCAGCAAACAGAAUGGACUCAUACCCAAGCAAGAUCUAUUUUGCACAGUUUUCUAGAAGACUCUGGCCAGACAAUGAGUACAUUAAAAAGUUUUGAUUUAGUUGGAUUAGGAGCUAUUCUCUGUGCUCUGAACUCCACAGAAAUCAUGUCCAUAAGGAGUGUUGAAUUCAGUGCUGCUGUUGCAAGAAUUGGCCUGUUGCUGUGUAGCACCCCUGUUCUGAGGCAGUUUAAGAAGAUGGCAGAGUCUGUGUUUGGAUCUGCAACUAGCUGGAAUGGCUCUGUGUUACAGGAGAUUGGUACUAUAGCAGGUGGUUUGAAUGAGGAUGAAUUAAAAGCUUUCGAUAAAAACCUGAUGCCAUAUUUCCAGCCAAUAGCAAUAAGCCACAUACCUGGUGAAAUUUUCCAAGCAUUGUCCCCAGAACAAAUAGCAAACCUGGGCCCUGAAAAUGCUGCCAUGGUUACAGGAUCUCAACGUAAGCAUCUGACUUUAUCACAGCUCCAGAGCCUUCAGCUGGCACUGGAUGGAGCCAGGACAAGCACCCCAGAGGCACCCACCACAGCUUGUGCACGCCCAGUGGGGCAGACCCCAGCUCCAGGUGGUGCUCCCUGUUUGAGUGGCUUCAGCAUCUGGUUGUGUGCCGUGUUCAUGCUGUGCGUGCUCUCCUGAAUCUAUCAUUGUUAAGCUUGUGUGUCCUGGAACUUAAAAAGGAGAUGCUAAAGAGCUGCAGCUCAGCACAAAUAGUAGAAUGAAGAGGUUCUCAAAUGUCCGAGUACAACCUGAUUAAUUUCUUAAAAGCAACACCUUCAUCCAUCAUUGUGAUGUGAAGUAUCCCCUUUUCCUUGCUUUACCAUUAAUGAGUAACACAGGAGUUCCCUCCAAGUGCUUCAGAACACAUUUCAAAACUGGAAAUGCCUUAUGUGCAUCAUGAGAAAAAAACUUACGCAGUCCUUUUUAUGUUGACUACUUUGGUCACACUAUUUUAUCCGUCUGUUAGGUUUUCUUUUUAUACCUUGAAUCAUUCCUCAGAACAGAGGCUGUCUUUCUGUGUGACAUAGUAGAAACCAUGCUGAAAGUUACUGCUGUUGCAAUAAAAUAA